UUGACAUUUUAGAUUAUAAUUCGUAUUUCCAAAGUUUUCUUUAAAAAAUAUUUAAACACAGCCUUAAUAUGGAUAUAGUCGAUAUGGAUAUAAGGCAGUGGGAUGUAAACGACGUUAAAGAACAAUUUGGUGACAGUUUAACGUUAUUACCACCAAAUGAUAACAUUAAGGAAUUGCAAACAAUACUACGUGAUAAGAACACAACCCGAAGUGAUUUUAAAUUUUAUGCUGAUCGUUUGAUACGAUUAGUGAUUGAAGAAAGCCUCAACAAAUUGCCAUUCACUGAUUGUGAAGUAGUGACACCUACUGGAGCACUAUACAAGGGACUAAAGUAUGGUUCAGGAAAUUGUGGAGUCUCAAUUGUGAGAUCUGGGGAAGCUAUGGAACAGGGCUUACGAGAUUGCUGUAGAUCAAUUCGAAUAGGCAAAAUACUUGUAGAAAGUGACAACGAUACUCAUGAAGCCCAUGUUGUUUAUGCCAAGUUUCCAGAGGAUAUAGCUCGAAGACAGGUGCUCCUUAUGUAUCCUAUAAUGUCUACUGGCAACACUGUGAAACAGGCCGUAAACGUCUUAACACAACACGGUGUUAAAGAGGAACGUAUCAUACUUUCGAAUCUCUUCUGUACACCUGCCGCAGCUCAAGCGGUGGUCGAUUAUGUCCCAAAGAUGAAGAUACUCACCUCUGAAUUACACCCCGUAGCCCCAAACCAUUUUGGUAUGAAAUACUUUGGAACAGACUGAUAUGAGGAUGAAGAGGUAUAAACAUUUUGCGAUUAAUAUGGUGGCUAUUGGGCAAAUGUUUUGAGUUUGAAUUAAUAAGUGUAAUGCUGUGGUGUAUACAAGUUUCGAUUUUUUUUUUGUUAAAUAAUUCAUUGUUUUGUGAAUUGGUCAUUUCUCUAAUAGUGACGUCAUAAGUGAUUCAUUUGUUUUACAAUACGAUCGAACCUAAAGUCAGAGGGCUAGAAAUUAAUUACUGAAGAAAAUAUACCAAUUGUCACUUAUGUCUGAUUCAAACGAUUAAUUGUCAGCAUAUUGAUACACCAUUGCGUGUUUUGUUUUUGUCAUUUAGAAAUAAAACAAAACAAUUGCCGCAAUGAUUACCGUAUUCGUGUUUAUAUCAUCUUAUAUUCGAUUAAAAAAAUAAAAGUUCCUAAUUUUAAGUUGCAGUUUGUACUUUUUCUUUUAAGUUGAUACAAACAAACAAAAUGUACCUAUAUUAUGAGCUAGUUCAUGUAUUGUUUGUUGCCUUCUAUCUCAAUAAAGUAUUUGCUUGAACGAUGUUGUCACGUGAUCAAAAGUAUUUUUGGCUAAGAUCCCAGUAGUUGUCAGAGUGAAACACUUCUUAAUUAAUAUACUGUAUUAAGAUGUUCAUAUUCUCUUCGAUUACUAUCAAAUUUCUGAAACUUUCUGAGAAUAUACUAAUAUAAUAGACUUAGACGACAGUAAUUUUUAUAGUUUCAUAUAUAAUGCUAUUCACCGCUUUUAAGACCAAAUCAAAUUUUAUAAGUAAAUUGUUUGACGGGUCAAUCCGUGGGCUGUUUCGUGUAUCUAAUGUAUUAU